CGUCGACCACAAACACGAAUGGGAACCGUUUUCUGACCGUCUUGCAUUUAGGGCUUUCGGCCAAUUGCGAUCGCUUGCCGUCGCUCCUUCUUCCAUCUCCGACCCAUCUCUCUCUCUCUCUCUCUCUCUCUCUCUGCUACAUAUAUCGGAGCUCGUCAUGGCGAUUCCAGGCCCUUACUCCGGAGUCAGCACCCUCGCCUUCGUGGCUCGCACCUCGGCUGUCGCCUUCGGCCUUGUCUACGGUAGCAUUAAGCUUUCCUAUCUCCGGACCAAAGCAAAGUCUCACAAGAAGGCUGAUGCUAAAGGCCACCACUGAGGACAAGGAUGUGUCCUGCUGUGGUUCCUGUUGAUGGGUGUCCUUGAAUCUUAAUUGGCUUAAAUUUUUGUUAUUGUGAAUCUCUCUGCAAUCUGGUUCAUGGUUUUCUUAGUCACUGUGACCACAAUGUACCAGAAAAGGGAAUGCCCUUUCGAUUUUUGUUUGCAAUAAUCCAUCUCUAGCUGUGACAGUUUUGGUUUGCGUGCUACAUGCUUCUACUUCAUGUUAAACAUCUGGCAACAGCUCUUCCUGGUGUUCAGAUCAAAUACCUGCACAGGUCCAACCCGGAUCCGGACCGUUUCGCUUCUAACCGCUCCACGUCUUGAUACCUGAAUGCGACCCGAUACUCGCAUAAUAUGAUAAGAUAUCGUGGCGGGUAGCCGGCGACGGACUUCACGUUUAUAACCACCGCCAGUGCUCAUUGGUGUCCAUAAAUAACAAAAAGCCACGGCCCCGACUCCGAUGGGCGCCUCCGAAUCUGUUCCCCGUAAACCGCACCAGCCGAUCGAUGAGAUCACCACCGUCUCCGAGAGGAUCGAGGGCGUCGAUCCCCUUCUGGAGCGCAUCAAGUCCCUCAAUAUCGCGACGCCGCUGCUGAAUUCGCUGCCUCCUUCCGAGAUCAGCAUAUCCGACAUUCUUGUCAGGAAACCCUCCUCAUCCUCCUCAAUUCAAGGUAAUUUGAAUCCGAAGGUUUUGUUGGAGCUCUUCUCUAUGUAUCGUGAGUGGCAGGAAGGGAAGGUCAAGAAUAUAUGUGGAAAGCAGGAAGAGAUAGAUAGCAAGAUAGAAACUGCAGAUGCUCUGGCUGUUAAGCUUCUUCAGCGUUUCAAUUAUUCAGUUUCAGCUAUGAGAUCGACUGCUCACGGUCUUGCCGAAGUGCAGAAUUUACAGGUAGAAGUUGGCGAACUUAAAGGCAGACUUACGGAGGUGAUGAGCAAUUGUGAUGCAUUAUGCAAGAGAAUUGCGGCAGAAGGAGUAGAGUCGAGUCACUUGGCUCAUCUGUGAAUUCGACGUUCUCAGCCAACAAUAUGGAGGAUAGCGAUGGACAUCAACUCUGAUCCGAUGACAAGCUGGUCCUCUUUCCGAACACCCAUCAACAACAGCCUGCCAAAGCUGCAACGGACGUUGCUCCACCCAGGAGCUUCACUUCGCCUUCAGCUAGCAUCAACUAGAAAAACUCCAGUGCUCUUCCAGGUGAUGACAAUCUGUUUUAGCAUUCUGUCGGCCUAAGCAACCACAUUUCACACACGUCCACCACCAAUGCACUCCCUCCCCAGUACUACAUCUGAAUAUAAUGCGUGGUGCAGCCAAGUUCACA